GCAUAGUUGACACACAAAUCACUUCCUGGUGUAAUUUAUAAAUUGAAUUUUCAUUUGUUAACUGUACAACCCGACCGAUAAUUCGUGUUAAUUUAUGAUUCUAUACUAAAUGUACGGGUUUACACACGCGAGAAUAAAGAAAAAUCCCUAAAAAAUUCGAACCCCUCCCCCUCAAAGUUGCUGUCGAUCACGUGACGGCCACUACUCGCACCGGUGACGUCAGCAACAGGUUGAAAGCAAAGUCGAACCCGAAAGACAGAUAAGGAACGUACUUCGAUAAAAAGUAGGAUUUGACGGAGCAUAGAUCACUCACAAAUUUUGGAACGUAACCGUAGUUGACAUGAUCAAACAGUCGUCUUUAUUGAAGAGAACUCACAGCAACAAGAGUAACUCAAAACAAGGGAACAAGCACUGGAUUCAUUCGGCUGAGGCAUUGAAAAGUGGACACGUCGUUUAUUUGGUUAAAUUUCUAGGAAGCACGGAAGUCGAACAGGCAAAGGGUAUAGAUGUUGUCAAGGAAGGAAUCAGAAAGUUGAAGUUCAACCAGCAAGUGAAGCGGGCCGAUGGCACAAAGAUUCCGAAAGUCGAACUGACCAUAUCCAUAGACGGCGUGGCGAUCCAAGAGCCAAAAGCUAAAAAAGUAUAUUACACAUAUCCCCUACAUAGAAUAUCAUAUUGUGCUGACGAUAAGUCGGACAAGAAAUUCUUCAGCUUCAUUGCAAAGGAGAUAGAGACCGAUAAGCAUAAAUGUUUCGUAUUUGUAAGCGAUAAACUAGCAGAAGAAAUCACAUUGACGAUCGGACAAGCAUUCGAUCUAGCUUACAGAAGAUUUCUAGAAACGUUUAACAAGGAUCUAGAAAUGAAGAAACGCUGCAUGAUAUUGCAAAAGAGGGUUUGUGAUCUAACAGCAGAAAAUGCCGAAUUAAAGAAGAAAAUAUCUGAAUAUCAACAGCUUGUUGACGGCAAUAAGAAAUCGGAUGUUCAGGAUCUUCUUGGUGACGAAAUGCCAACGGUCGGUAGACGACUCGAAAAUCUGUUGCUGGCCGACAUGGAGGACGUCAAUGUGGGAAACAAACAUGUUACAAAUGGUAACACAGAUUUGUUUGGUGCAGAACCAUUCAAUCCAACACAAUCGACAGUAGAUGAUCCCUUCGGAAUGGGUGAUUUCAGCGCUUUCUCGAUAAAAGAAAUAGAUCUGGAGAAUGCGAUAGGUGCAAUUGAUAAAAAGCUUCUAGAAAUGAGGGAUGGUUUCAGCUGUGGACUUUCAUUUGGCAAUGACGACUUCUCCGCAGAUAUUUUGGAUACAAGUAAAAACUAAUUGAUAUUUGUGAUAUAUUUAGAGAGCGGAAGAUUUAUACACAUUUUUAAUGAAAUUUAUUGUAUUUAUUUAAGCAAAGAUUAAUAAUAUAGAAAUUUUAGUAAUUAAAACAUUUUAUUUUC